AAGCCACACACACACACAAAAAAAAGAGAGAGAGAGAGAGAUGUCAGAGGUGAUUUUAACAUUGCUGUCACAUGGGGAGGGGCUCGCACAAGCUGGGCAGGCCCUGCACAUGCCAGGCGAGAAACCUAGGAGAGGCCGGUCUGUGUCUGUGACUAAUUUCAGUUUCUGCAUGUUGCUUAUUCGUGUCCUCAAGGACUUCCCUAAAGAAAGUUUAGUGCUGGGUCCUCGCAGUGUCCCAGAGGCCCUCCCGAGCCCCUCCCCUCCUCGGCCACACUGGCCCUUCCCUCGCAGGCCCUCAGACACACCAGGCACUUUCUGGCCUCAGGGGUCCUGCACCUGCCAAGCCCUCUGGCUGGAGCCCUGUUCCCAGAUACCACAUGACCCCUCCUCACCUCCUGGGCCCUUCGUUCCUGCGGCCCCUCCCCUGACACGUGCUGUGUGCCCUGGCGUAGGCCUGCUCCUACAGACCAGCGUCUUGUCUGUUUUGCCCUCCGUUCUUGGCACAGCGGCUGGCACGUGCAGGCAUCCGGAGAGUGUCCGUGGUGAACAAAGGCAGCAGGAGACCAGGAAGGGGGCUCGUUUGCAAAGCCGGUGCCCUCGUCCCCUCCGGCCAGCAACUUCCUAGGACCCUCGGGGCAACUCCUAGGGUCUGUCCCCAGACAGAUCCGUCUCGAGUGCAAGGAGAGGCUGUGGGCAGGAAGGCAGCCCCCGCUAAACUGCCCCCACCCCAGACCCCAGCCACACCCCGGGACUCUGAGCCAUCAGCAGACAGGAGCGUCCGACCGGCCAGUGGAGGGGAUGCCGGGGAGGAAACAGCUGGGGGCUGUGGGUCCAUGUGUGAGCCGGGCGCUCGCUCCUGUGCACACAUGCGCAUGUGGCCUUGGGCGGCUUGAGGCUGGGCCGUCUGGCCCAGGGCUCCCGGGUGGAGAAAGUCACCUCCUGAUCAUCCAGUCUCUUCUUCCCCAGGGACCUCCGUGAGGGCACAGGUCUCCCUCUGCUGGGGGGCAGGGUGGUGACUGAGCUGAGCCCUCGAACCUACACGAGGCAGAAUCAGAGCCACUGGGGCAGCCGCAGCCUUGGCCAUGUGCCCUGGCCCAUCUCUAGGGCCACAUCGCACCCACGGGCUCAGUUUGGCAGUCCUACCCCUCCCACUGCAGGGGUGGGGUUGGGGGGUGGGGAGCUACUCCAAGUUUCUGGGCACAGAUCAGGUCCCAGCAGAAAGGGAACCAGAGGACCAGGGCGGCUGGACCCCCAACCCGACCUGGGGACCCCCUUGUCUUCCUCCUGGUCCUGUCCCCACCCAACCUUGACCUCCUCCCUCCCCCUCCUCUCCCUGCUGUGCUCUGUGGAGAUGCCAGAGGCCAGGACCACAGUCUACCUGUGGGCACAGAGCAGGAUGGGGGAGGGCAUGCAGGUGGCCCCCCAGCCUCGCCCGCAGUGCCUCUCCUUGCUCAGGGCACCACCUUCAGGAAGCCCUCCUGGAAGUGCCCAACCUCCAGUCACUGCAGGCAGCCCCCCCCCCAACCUCCGGCUCCAUCCUGCCCCCACCACCCUAGAGCUGCGCCUGUGAGGUGGUUGCACUCAGUUGGGUGCCGCUGUAGACAGGAAGAGUCGUGAAGGCCCUUAAGAGGGGCCUUGCCCUUUCCUGCCACCCAGCGAGAUGGCCCGGCUCCUGGGGCUCCCGCCUCCCCUGCUCCUUGCCCUCUCUUUCAACCGGGCUGCCCAAGAGGUGUGGCAGUCCCCCGGCCACGCCAUCGCUUUGGAAGGAGGCUCCAUCCACAUCACCUGCUCCAGCCGUGGGCCCCUGCUGGGCAUCUACCUGAAGCGAGUACUGCCGAAGGCCAGCAACGUGAUCUACUACGAGGAAGGGAGGGAGGCCACCGUGGACGAGCGCUUCAGGGGCCGCGUCACCUUCUCGGGGCUGCAGCACAACCUGACCAUCAGCGUGCACCGCCUGCAGCUGCCCGACACGGGGGCCUACGCCUGCCAGGCCAUCAUGGACAGCGAGGUCUGGGGCCCCGGGACCCUGGUCGUGGUGACAGACAAACUGCCUCAAGCUGCGAACAGCUGCCGGGAGGCUCAGUGGACACACAUGGCCCUCUCUGCAGCCCUGGCUGCGGUCUGCUUCCUCGCCGGGCUGGGGCUGGGGGCAGUGUGUGCGCGCCGAGGGACACAGAUCCGCAGACUCUGCUGUGCGGGGGGCGAGAGCUCCGUGUGUGUCAUCUACGAGGACAUGUCCCUCAGCCGCAGCAACACCGUGUCCCUCCCCAGCCAGUUCCAGUGAGCCUGCAGCACUCAGCCUCCCGCUGCCUCCUCCCGGAAGCCCUCCUGACUGCGUCCCAGAGCCCACCUUGGAGCCCCCAGAAAGGAAGCCUCUCUGUCCCGCUGCUGCCCUGACCCUCGCACCACUGGGCGGGGGGCUGCUCUGUAGGACGACGCACUUGGGCAGCUGGUGGGGGGCGGGGGCGGGGGCGGGGGCGGCCCGGCCUUGCCAGAAAUAAAGGCUUCUCUUCUCC